GCGCUGAUUUUGUUGGGGCCGAGAAAGACCUACAAGGGUUGAGAGCAGCCGGGUCAGAUACCUCCGCUCUCCUUCCUGGUGGCAUCCCAGUGAUCCCACCCCAGCAAGUCUUCAUCUCCUAUUCUUCGGUGCGUGUUGGUGUCUAGUUGCUCCUUUUACUCUCUGUUUCUCGAGUCGCGCCUGGUCAAACGGAGAAUGGCUCUGCGCUGUGACUGGCUUUUCCUCUCAUCAACGCGUUGCAGCACGGGCUUCUGGACGACACUGCAGCGCUCUCGAUAAGAGACGGAGGCCGGGAAGGAGAGGAUAGGGAUCCAAGUGUUGCGUUUUGCUUCCCUCUUGCGUUUCGUUUCUGUGUGAUGCCUUUCGUGCGCACUAGAAAUUUGGAUCACAUCUGGUUCCGACCGUCCUGAGUGCAAUUGUAGUCCGUCUCUGUUGCCGAGAGCGAGGAUCAGACGAUAGAAGACGGGGCAGUGUAGUAACAUCUCGGGCUCGUCUUGGUUGGCAGUUCUUCGUCUGCAGUUGCCGCAUCUCCAAACCUGCCGACAAUCAGCCUGAUUGUUUCAAGUUCUGCGCCACGUUCUCAAACUGCGUGUUUUAGUUUUCUCUACAGUCUUCUGUGCCGAAAAUUCUGGUCCCUGAACUGGACUUGUGUAGGUGCUUGCGUUCUCCAAAAUUUGGAUUGUGUGCGUCCAGCUUGACUCCUUGAGACUUUCCGGGUUGUAGAACCAGGCUUGUCAACGGUGGAGUGAUCUGCCAAAAUGAACGAUCUUCUGCAGAAAACGUACUCUGGUGGGCGAGGGUACUUGAACAUGCGGGAUGUGGAAAAGUUGGGAGGCGAGAUGGAAAUGCAAGGCAUUGAUCCGGAGAAGAAUCUGGCUAGCUUCUUCGAUGAAGUGAAUGUCAUCAAGACUGAUAUGGAAAGAAUCAAAUCGCUUUUGGCCAAACUUCAAGAUUCAAACGAAGAAAGCAAGACCAUACACAAGGUGCAAGCUAUGAAAGCUCUCAGGGAUCGCAUGGACAAGGACUUGGCGGAGGUCAGUAAAGUAGCCAGAUCUGUUAAGCAGAAGUUGGAAGAGCUGGACAAAGCCAAUGCUGCUAGUCGACGGACGAAAGGAUGUGAGGAGGGCACACCUACUGAUCGAACGAGAUCUUCGAUAACCAAUAGUCUCACGAAGAAGCUGAAGGAUCUUAUGGAGUCCUUCGGCACGCUCCGUUCAAAGAUUAUGGUAGAGUACAGGGAAACUAUAGAGCGUCGCUAUUACACUGUCACCGGUCAGAAGCCAGACGAGGAAACUCUUGAGCAGAUUAUCGAUACGGGUGAGAGUGAAAAUUUCUUGCAGAAGGCAAUUCAGGAGCAGGGUCGGGGUCAGAUUAUUGAAACUAUUAAGGAAAUUCAAGAAAGACACGACGGAGUCAAGGAGAUUGAGAAGAGUCUUCUAGAGCUGCACCAAAUUUUCUUGGACUUGGCUGUCCUUGUUGAAUCGCAAGGGACGGUGCUAGACAACAUUGAGUCACAGGUAAAUAGAGCACACUCAUAUGUCGAGAAGGCUGGUGCACAUCUUACCGUUGCUAAGAAGCAUCAAAGGAACACCCGCAAGUGGACGUGUAUAGCUAUCAUCAUCGUUUUGAUUAUCAUUUUGGUUAUUGUUGUUCCCAUAGCUACGAGUUUGAAGAAGUAGACUGUGUUCAUGUAUUUUUUUGAAAGUACGGCCGGCUCGUGUAGGCCCCAAGCUCUGAGCUAGAUAGUGAAGAUAAAGUGACCUCCUCUAGAUCACCUCGAUCGAAUAGUUAGUGAUGGAGUUGUCCGGUUUGGUGGAUGCCGUCGAGACUUGGAGGCUACAUGAUGAGCGACGGAUCGGUUUUAGAGCUGUCUGAUUAGAGAACCUAAUCAGUGACUACACAACAGCAAGCCAACGAACGUCUCCUUAGCUGCCAGGCUUUACAUCGUGCUUUAGUUUUUGGAAGGAACUUAUUUUUGUUAUAGUAGCUUAAAUAUUCUCGUUGUAAUUACAACCAAGUGUUUUCAGUAAAUUUGCUACGAAUGACACCUAUUUACAGUUGAUGGACAUGCUGCUGUCGUCGACAAGCGAUAUCCUUCAUUCCGUCUGGAUGUGUCUGACGCUCGUAGCCACAGUAUUCUGGAGCAAUUUAUCCUCAGAGCAACACCAAAGGUCUGGGAAGUAGACACUUCGAGAGUACCAGAGUCUGAUGUCCCUCUGAUUCUUCCCUCAUACUUAAUUGUAAUAUAUAGGUGUUUGUAAUGUAUAUUUAGAACGUACAGCCCGUAUAUUGUUCUUCACGCUGUAGGUAUGGCAGUACCCUUGUGACUGUUCACUUCUUGACAAUCUUGAAGAUCUCAUGGGAUGAUGUCGGGAACUAAGUCCUGGUGAAAGCACUCUUAUUUCUUACCUUGUGAGUGUAAGCACUGGGGUAGCGAUAAUGCUACUGUCAGUAGGACAUACUGAUAGAAAGGGCCGAGGUGCUCGAUAUCUGUAAAGUCUCUUGGUGGAAUAUCUGGUAAAGCUUGACCAACAGCUUUGAGUCU